AAAUCGCACACGCAUCUUCUUUGACGUCGUCGCUUGAACUAGUGAUGCCAGGUUCGCAAAAUGCCGCACAAUGUGCGUCUGUGGACACGACACUGGCGCCAACAGCACUACAUUGGGGCUACCGCUGAAGCAUCCUCAGCAUCAUUCGUGAUCCCUUUUUUACUUGAAAAACGGACCAAGGAUGCCCUCAAGGAUGCUAACGCGGUAGCUCUAAAUACAGGCAAAAGCAGCGGAAUUCAUCUCUGCGCUUACUGCAGGUGGCAUGCCAGCAGCCCAAGCCACGCAAACGGGCAUGUUUCAAGCGAUGGUGCGCUUGACGCUAGAAAAAUGUGCGAGUCAUGGUUGCUCGGUUGUAACUCCGUACGAGAUCGGUCUGCUUGAGG